AUGGAACGUUUUUUAAUCACAUCAGGUAAUUCAAAAUCAACUGCUGUUUCAACUGUUUCGGAACCUAAUGACCCUGGAUCAAGURCGCGUACUCCAAUAUCAGAUACAGAUAUACAGUUGAAUUCAAACAUUUUUGAUAUUAGUGUAACUUGUGAGGAUACCGCUGUACAACCUGUCAUCAGUUUUCCUCGUACUUUAAUAUCUGGGAAGCAACGUAGCUUUCAAAGCAGUUGGUACAAUAAGUAYCCRUGGUUGGAAUACUCAAUUAAGAUGAAUGCCGUAUUUUGUUAUUAUUGUCGUCAUUUUCCUUCUYAUUCGCAAAUUGAAAAAGAUGUUCUAAUUACUGGUGGAUAUUCUGAUUGGAAAAAUAUAAGUAACAUGACUAAAAAACAUGAUAAUACUACUUCACAUAAAAAUGCAAUUGCUAAAUAUGGCGCAUGGCUAUCAACCAAAAAAAAUGGAUCAGUUUCGACUCAAAUAAAUAAACAAGUCAAGGAGCAAGUUAUAAAAAAUCGAGCUAUUUUAACAAGUGUAAUAAGGUGUGUUUUAUAUUGUGCACGGCAAGAUAUUAAGAUAUUGGACUACGAGAACAUCGAAGAGAAAGAAAAGAAGAAUUCAAUAGUGAAAAUUAUGAUGCAAGUUUGUGUUCACGUCAUGACCAAAUACAUAUCGCCUGAAAUACAAAAUGAUAUAAUAAAAGCUACUUCAAAGCUUGUAUUACAAUUAAUAGUAAAUGAAGUUCAUAUUGGGAGCCAGAUAUUUAGUUUAAUUGUAGAUGAGGCUAGAGAUCAGUCAAAAAUUGAACAAAUGAGUAUUUGUAUUAGAUAUUUGCACGAUUUAAAAAUUAAAGAAAGAUUUUUAGGUUUUGUCGAAUUGAAAGAUWUAAAUGCUCAAGCACUGUGUGAUGGCAUAAUAUUUUUUUAA